CGUCGCUUGUGUUGAUUGACUGCCUGGAAUUCGGUGACACUGCUUUGGUCGUUCGGUCAUCAUGCCAGGCGUUCCUGCGAAGGAUGACGUCGAGGGCGCCGAGGAGACUCUGCUCUUCCUUCUCCCGGCUGAGGGCAAGGAGGACAGAAUGCUAGACGUAUGCAACACAAACACAGAGACACACAACCAGAGAGAGGCAUUCGUUCACUGUGGUUGUCUCCGUCUGUCUGCCUCUGUGUGUGUGUGUGUGUGUGUCUGUCUCAUUCUGCCGCUGACUGACAAUCAGCUGCCGUACGAGCGCAAGAACGGCUUCCCGUUCAAUCUUGCGGUUGUGAGUUUGGGCAGCGUGCUGACGCUGGUGUUCUUCAUGUUCGAGGCGUUGUGGCUGGCCAUUCUCAUCAACGAGCGGCCCAACUGCCGACUCUCGGCCGUCCCAGCCCUCUGCCACACCUGCACGUAUGGACGGACACUCAGACGGACGGAGACACACAGCAGCUCAUCAUUGUGUCUGUGUGUGUCUGUGUUGUCAGUCUGGUGUUCUUCACGACGCCCCUCAUCGCCGCGGCAGCCGCACUCUUCGUCGGUCAGACUCAACGACACGACCCACACAAUCACACACACCAUUCGCCCCUCUCUCUCUCUGUGUGUGGUGUGGUGUGCAGCUCAGCGGGCGUUUCUGAUGAAUCGGCUCUUCUACGAGUUGCUGCGCCGCAAAGCCGUCCUCAUCGUCAGCAAAGGUAAAGGCAGGCACAGACAGACAGACAGACAGCCGUCAACACAGGUAUCUCUCCCUGUGUGUGUGUGUGAUUGUCAGUUCAAGCGAUGGCCGAUCCGCUGGUGCUGUUGGUGGUGCUGCCGCUGAUUCUGUCGAUCGGCAUGUUCAUCUUCAUCGACGACCCACUCACAACCAUAGGUCAGCCAGCCAGCCACCUGACCACACCUCACUCCAACCACACCUCUCUCUGUGUGUGUCUGUGUGUCUGUGUGCCUGCAGCCUUCGUGCCGUAUUACAUUCCCUUCGCCGCAUUCCUGGGCGCCUACUUCCAGCGUGAGCAGCCAACCGACACACACACAGACAUGGGCAGAUGAUCCACACGUGUAUCUGUGUGUUGUGUGUGUGUGUCAGAGAUGAACGUGGCUGAGUACGGUGAGAUCUUCACGCUGGCCGAGUUCAUGUCGAGCGGCGAGCCGGCCAUGAGCUACCUGAGCGGCUGCACGACCAUCAAGGAGGCCGCACUCCGCGACGCCGUGCCGUGGGCCGACCAGCAACUCGCCGACAAGGAAGACUACACACUCAACGACAAACUGGACGUACACACAGAGGAGAGGACACACUGACUGCCGUGGCUCACUCACUAACUCACUCUUUUGUCUGUGUGUGAUGCGCAGAAGUUGCAGGAGCGAUGUGCGUGGUUCAAGGACAACAAGGAGGACGCGUGGGCUGCCCGCAACCAACGGUCAGUGUGGAUGCAUCACACACACACACACACACCAACACCAGGUCCAUCUGUGAGUGUGUGUGCCGUCUGCUGCCCAGGCUGGGGACCUUCGUUGGUGUGGUGAUGAACUACUUGGCCUUCCCCGGCUCCAUCCUGCUGGACCGCAAGUUCCUGCAGACGGACGCCCGCGCCACGCGCUUCAUGGGCUGGUCAGACACACAGACACACACAGAGCCACACACAUAUGGAUGUUUGUGUGUGUCGAUCUGAUAGGAACCAGGUGUAUCGCGUGCUGAUGUGUGUGGUCGGCGCCCUCCUGCUCGCCGCCGCCAUUGCACUCAUCCGCGUCGAGGUACCGACAGAGAGACAGAGGUGGCAUGCCAUAAGUGUGUGUGUGUGUCUCGUGUGUGUCAGUUGUCGUCAAGUCCGUCGGUGAGCGGCCGGUACCUGCAGUCGAUCCUCGCCGGACACCUCCAGUGAGCUGCAGCCGCACACACCACACAGAUGGAUGGAUGGACACUGUGUGUGUGUGUGUGUUGGUCAGCCACGUGGGUGCCAAGGUCCCCGAGCUGGAGGGCGGAGACUUCUGAGACCAACACGGCAACCAACACGACCAACUGACGACACCAAUGAGCAGACUGACUGACGCACUGACACACUGACACACUGACUGACGAAUGGACACGCAGAGACAUGAAUGAACCAACC